AUGGAUAAGGUAUUCAUUUUCCAAGUGGCGCCUAAAAUUUUCCAGCGUAGCGCCAUUAUAUCUGGGGAAAUCGAACCCACUGAUGAGGAGUCGACCUGGAAUUAUUGUCAAGAGGAUGAGUUAGCCGAGGACCUCACUAAGCAGCACAUCGAAUUACAAGAAGAUUUUAAACCUGAAGAUACCUCAAGCUGUAAAGGGAUACCGAAAUUCUGGCUUAAAGCGAUGCUUCACGCUUCUCCUACGGCGGAACUGAUCAAGGAAAAAGAUCACCCUAUCUUAGAGCACCUAACUGAUAUUCGAAUCAACUUGAAUACUGGUGAUUCCGAAAUGGGGUUCACCAUAAACUUCUACUUCUCUCCAAACGAGUAUUUUAAUGAGGAAGUGCUCUCUAAGUUCUACUACUUCGAUAACAAACCACCUUCCGAGAAUCCUCUUCUGUAUGAUGGUCCACAGAUCGUGCGAGUUCGAGCCUCACCUAUUACUUGGAAGCCCGGGAAAAAUGUAACCGUCAAGUUUAUGAGAAAGGUAAAGAAGCACAAGAAUCGCAAAGAGGUCCGCACAAUUACGAAAACUGUGAAACAGGAUUCUUUCUUUAAUUACUUCGAUCCUCCUUAUGAAUCGCUAACCGAUGAAGAUCUGGAUGAGGAUACUGCGGAGUUACUACAGGAGGAUUUUCGCAUCGCCAACUUCAUGCGAGAUGUGUUGGUCCCCCGGGCUGUUUUGUUCUUCACUGGUGAGGCUGUUGAAAGUGAUGAUGAAUGUGAUGAUGAAGAUGAGGACGAUGAUGAUGUUGAUGACAGUGACGAUGGCGACGACAAUGACAGUGAUGAGGAAUUUCAUCGUCAAAAGAGUUAUCGCAACAAGAAAGGAGGUCAUGGCGACCUUGAAAAAGCCUCCGAUGAAAAGCCGGAGUGCCAGCAAAGCUGA